AUGUCCGACAUUGAAAACCAGCAACCCAGAGACCACACGUUGGCCGUGGACAACGACCCCAUUGCCAUCCACGACGACUCCGCUGAAAUCCUGAAGGUCCACACCGACGGCGAGUACAUCCAAUUUGGUAAUGAACGUUACCUUCGCUCGGAGCUCGUCCAGGCUUUCGGGGGUACCUUGAACCCCGGGUUGUCGCCCCCUCCCAAGCACGACUUUGCCAACCCUGCUCCCUUGGGUCUUUGCGGUUUCGCGUUGACCACCUUCGUGUUGUCGUUGAUCAACGUCGAAGCCAGAGGUGUCAAGAUCCCCAACAUCGUCGUGGGUCUUGCCUACUUCUACGGGGGCUUGGCCCAGUUGGUUGCUGGUAUGUUUGAAAUCGCUGUUGGUAACACUUUUGGUGGUGCCGCUCUUUCCUCGUACGGGGCGUUCUGGGGUACCUGGGCCGCCAUUUACACUCCCUCGUUUGGUAUCCAAGACGCUUAUAAGGACAAGGAAACCGGGGUGUUGGACAAGAGAAUGUUCUCUAAUGCUGUUGGUAUCUACUUGAUUGGCUGGUUCAUCUUUACCUUCUUCAUGAUGUUGAUGACCCUCAAGUCUACCCUCGCCUUCUUCCUCGUGUUCUUCUUCCUUGCGAUUACGUUUUUGUUGUUGGCCAUUGCUGAAUUCAAGACUAACGGUACCGCUGUCAAGAAGGCUGCCGGUGUGUUUGGUUUGUUGACGGCGUUUGCUGCGUGGUAUAAUGCUUAUGCCGGUAUUGCCAACGAACAGAACUCGUACAUCACUAUCAAGGCUUUGCCCUUGCCCGACUUGCAAAACAGAGGCAAGUAA